AUGGCACAUUGGCAUGUAUCGGUUUUGGCUAAAUAUAGGUACAGCAACGGAAGACAGGCACCCGCUGGACAAAAAAAUGCGCACACCUUGAACCGAGCACUAACAAUAUACUUACACUAG